AUGAUCCGAGACGUGCUGCACGACUCCCGAUUCACGAACCGAGCCAUCUUCGGUCUCUUCGAGUUUCUCGGAAACGGCUAUGGUGUGGCGUUCUCGUCGGGGGAGGUGAGUCGGGCAAAGAGACGACUGGCGUUGACGACUCUGAGACACUUCGGGGUGGGGAAGACAGUGUUCGCACAGGGCAUAGAGCAACAGAUUGAGAUGAUGUUGCAGCACAUUGAAACACAGAGACACGAAAACAGACCACUUUAUCUCCAGGCUAAAGAGCUGAAAGAGCUGCGAUUUGGUUUUAUCAAAGAGAUGAAAGAAUUCUUCGAGGCUCGGAAGCCGAAAGACAAGAAAGAGUUUCUGACCGAAGAACCGAUCUGCGUUGCCGACUAUAUAUGGAGCGACUUGAUGCAAUAUAAAAAUGAAGCGUACCCAUUUCCAGAACACGAUACCCCAUUCAUUCUCACUGAUAUGUUCAUGGCCGGACAGGAGACGACAACUAUGACCCUUUCAUGGGCCAUAUUGCUUAUGAUGCAUCAUCCAGAUAUCCAGGAUAAAAUCUACGAGGAUCUGAAAGCUGAGUUUCCAGAUAAGUCACAAAUAAUACCUUUGAGUGGUUUAAACACCUGUGACUUCACGUGUGCGACAAUUCAAGAAGUGCAGCGUGUAACACCCGUGCUUUCCAGCACAAUCGAUCACACAGCGAGUAAAUUCGAAAAGAACAUGUACCUGAUGCCGUUCCCAGUGGGAACCAGAGCUUGUCCGGGCAAAAACAUCGCCAAGAUGGAACUGUUUCUGGUAUUCGCUAACAUAUUAAGGAAGUAA